AAAAUUUUACUCGAUUAGGGAAGUGGGGAAUAAUAAUCGGAACCUUAUCCUCUCUGUUCCUUCCCGGCCGCUGCAAUAAUGGGAUGGGGCUCUCUGAAUACAGCAACACCAAAAGAAAAACCUAUAUUCUUUGACGUGGCAAGUGGAUAUUGGAUGGCAUGGCAAGGCACGUGGGAACCUUUUGCACGUGUCAUUUCGCAGUGCUAAAUCUCUCUCAGCCCAUGGUUUCUCGAUUGGUUCAAAACAAGGAUUCGCGAGUUUGGAUCACCCUCGGUUUCCUCAUUAUCAGUCCUUUUCUAUCUUUUUGGGUCUUUGCCAAUUCAUUUUGUCAAUCUUCUUUUCUUACUAAUUUCUUACUCUGAAUAGUUUACGAAUCUUCAAUUCCUUUAUUCAACAUUUCUUUGGUUUUGCAACUCUAGUGCUUCGUUGGAACCAAUUGUUUCAUGCUUUUUUUCUCCAUUUUUACGGGAAAGUAUGGUUAAUCAUCAGAUCUAAUUCUAAUGUGCUUUUCUUCCCUAACUAAUCAAAUUUUUAACCAAAUAUCUAACCUUUUUAUAGAGUUUUCCUUGCUGGGUUGUUUUAAUUAACUCAGAUUGUCAAAUAACUUUUUUGGGUAAUAAAACAAUAUCGUUGGAUCCCUUUUGUUGAAAAAAAUAAAACAGGAGAUAACUCCCACUGAUUUGAGCAAUUUAGAAAAAAAAAAAUCUGGGUUUUUCUCGAAAAAUGGUUACUGUUAAUCUGGGAAUGCUUCAUUACAUUCUAGACCAUGUAUAUGGUGCAUUUAUGCAUAGAACAAAAAUGAGCCCACCGUUUUUCUCAAGGGGGUGGGGUGGAACGAAGCUUGAGCUUUUGGAGAGAUUGAUAAGCCAGCUGUUCCCUGAAGUUGAAGGCCAAAACUGGCCUCCAAGCUUGAUCCAACCAAUUUGGAGAACAGUUUGGGAGACCAAAAGUGCUUGCUUGAGAGAAGGUGUGUUUAGGACCCCUUGUGAUGAGCAGUUGCUUGGUGCAUUGCCUCUUGAAAGUCACAAUGCAAGGGUUGCUUUCCUUGUUCCAAAAUUAGUGCCACCUCCAAAGAUGGCAUGUGUGGUUCACCUUGCAGGCACAGGAGACCAUACAUUUGAACGGAGAUUGCGUCUCGGUGGACCAUUAUUGAAGGAAAACAUUGCAACUAUGGUGCUUGAGAGUCCUUUCUAUGGUCAAAGACGCCCUAUGCUGCAGCGUGGUGCAAAACUCUUGUGUGUUAGUGACUUGCUGUUAUUAGGGAGAGCAACUAUUGAAGAGGCACGCAGCCUUUUACACUGGUUAGACACUGAGGCAGGGUUUGGCAAGAUGGGUGUGUGUGGACUUAGCAUGGGACAUACUCUUUUAAAGUUUGAUGCUUUUAUGGAACUAGGGGGAGUGCAUGCUGCAAUGGUUGGAUCACUUCACCCCACACCUGUUGCAACCCUUCCUUUUCUCUCCCCACAUUCUGCUGUUGUGGCAUUCUGUGAGGGUAUAUUGAAGCAUGGCACUGCAUGGGAGGCACUGAGAGAGGAUCUUGCAGCAAAAGAGGCUUCAAUGACUCUUGAGGAGGUCAGAGAACGAAUGCGAAAUGUACUCUCUCUCACAGAUGUCACACGCUUUCCAAUUCCCAAAAACCCUAAUGCCGUAAUAUUUGUUGCUGCAACUGACGAUGGCUACAUACCAAAGCACUCGGUGCUGGAGCUUCAAAAGGCUUGGCCUGGUUCAGAAGUGAGAUGGGUUACUGGUGGGCAUGUCUCAUCCUUUCUUCUCCACAAUGGUGAGUUUCGUAAGGCAAUUGUCGAUGGGCUUCACAGAUUAGAGUGGAAGGAAUCUUCAUUGUGACAUUGCUCAUUCAUUCCCUGUGUACAAGUGAUUGCAUUUGUUUACUUGGCCCAUUGUUUUCGUCACUCUUCACUUGUAAAAUGGAUCAUAGGAACUAAUAUUUGACAGCACCCCUUUAAGGAAGAGAGAAGCGUGGGUGCUUGUGAAUAAUUUAUUUCCCCCUUAGGUGUUUGUAAAGUUAACUUUACUAAUUUUAGUGGAAAUUUAGUAUUUUUUUACUUCCUUGGAAUAAAUAAAGGAGGGUCAAAUUGCUGAUAAAAGUUUUAUUCUAUUCUCAUUUUGAGAGUUAGGAUUUUGUGCUCUCACAACUUGAUUUUUGGAGCAGCCAUGAGCUGAAAGGAUUGCGCAUCCAA